AUGCAGAAACUAGCCAGGACUGAUCCCGCGCUGAGUGUGCCUCAAGGUUCAAACAACAACUCUGCUGGCGAGUCACAACCGACGCCCAACUCUUCCUUCUUAGUCGGAGUCACGGAGGAUAGGAACAAGAAAUGUCGUCGAACGAUGGAAGACACUCAUGCCUACCUCUACAACUUCCUCGGCACCCCCGCCCCUGUCCUGGCCUCCUCUGACAUCUCGUUAUCCAAGAGCAAAUCUACAGAGUCCCGCAACAGUCUGACGCAUGUGCCAUCGGAUCCAGGCCAACAUGUGGUAGAAACGGACAAUGGAUAUUUCGCCAUCUUCGACGGGCACGCCGGUACUUUCGCUGCCGAAUGGUGUGGAAAGAAAUUGCAUGUCAUCUUGGAAGAUCUGAUGCGCAAGUAUCCCAACACCCCUGUUCCAGAACUACUUGAUCAGACAUACACCACCGCCGACAACCAGCUGGAGAGGCUGCCAUUGAAAAAUAGCGGGACCACUGCGAUUACUGCUGUUCUGCGAUGGGAAGAUCGGGUGCCGACUAACCACUCGGCAACUGGAUCACAAGCCAUUGCAGCGCUAGCCGCAGCAGCCGCUAAGGAAGCAGAGAAGCACGACAACGCGAAAGAAGACAAGGAUGCCAAUGCCACACCGCGGUCCAACUCGACUGCAGAAGCAACUGCGGCAGCGAUUCAAGAAGCGAAACAGAAGGCUACGCGUCAGAGGGUGUUGUAUACUGCUAACGUGGGCGAUGCACGCAUUGUCCUAUGUCGGAACGGAAAGGCCCUUCGUCUCUCGUACGACCACAAAGGGAUGGAUGAAAACGAGGGCCGUCGCAUCUCGAAAGCGGGCGGGUUAAUCCUCAACAACCGCGUGAACGGAGUUUUGGCUGUAACUCGGGCCUUGGGCGAUUCUUAUCUCAAGGAUCUGGUCACCGGACACCCUUAUACCACCGAAACGGUCAUCCAACCCGACCAAGACGAAUUUCUGAUUCUAGCAUGUGAUGGAUUGUGGGAUGUCUGCUCUGACCAGGAGGCGGUGGAUUUGAUCCGCAAUGAGCGAGACCCUCAGGUUGCUUCGAAGAUGCUGGUGGACUAUGCGUUGGCUCGAUUUUCGACCGACAACUUGUCGGUCAUGGUCGUCCGGUUCGACCCGCAAAAGUUGCAGCAAAACACCAAGAUUGAUAUUGGAGUGGAAAAUGAGGCGACCAAAGACAAGAGCGCAAUCAGUGAGGUAGAGAUGAUUGUCGGAGAAGCUCGUCGCCACUCCGGCAUCGUGCAAGAGAGUGCUUUUUCUGACCAGGACUCGGAAGAACUGAGAGAGAUGGUUAUCAAAGAGCAGGAGGAAGAGGAUCAGGAGCCAGGACCCGAGCUCACCCCCGAGGGCAAACGCGAGGCAGAGAAGAUACUCUCGGAAAAACAGGGGAACCCAGAUAAGAGUGGCGAGAGUUAG